AGUAGCGUUUUGUGUGGUUACGCAGCCACCAGAUGCAUAAUUUUCUUAUAAUUCCUCAAUAAUGUCGCAUUCAAUGUAUUUGUUACAAAUUUUUGUGAUUCUAAGUAUUGUUUGUACUGUGAUUUCUCAAAGAUACAAUGUGUGCGGUACUUCAGGAUUAAGAUAUGUGUACAUAAAUGAAGAAUUGGAAUGGGUGGGUCUUGGAUGGGCAUGGACAUCAGAAACACUUAGAAGACACAAUGUUACGAUAGAAAUAGUGUUCGCAACAGUAAAGCCAUCAGAUCCCAAUAAUUUGGGAUCUAUCAAAAUACUAGCUUUCGUUCCAACCCCGAAUGAUUUCGAUGUACCCAGAUGGAAUAUGGCGUACGAAUGGAUAUUCCCAACACAGAAUCCACUACCGGAUGUACUAGAUAUAAUAUGGAAUGGUGAUAGUAUAUGUAAUAGUACUGCUGUGAGAACUCCUGAGAAACCUUAUGUAGUAAGAGUACAGGCAGUCUACAAUGAUUACACAAAGGAAAGAUCGUUUUCUGCUGAAAUUAUUGAAUCCCCAGAAACUACAACAACUCCUGCUCCAAUAUCUCUAUAUGUAAAUGAUGAUGAUAGUGAAACUGUGGGAUGUGGUAGAGUAGAUACAUCGAAUAUUUAUGUGCCAUUAGUUUUGGAAGGACAGACUAUAGAAAGAGGACAGUGGCCAUGGUUGGUCUCAGUUUACUCUUAUUCAAAUCUGAAAUUAGGAUUCCAAUGCGGAGCUACACUCAUCUCUAAUAAAUUAGUUGUAACGGCUGCUCAUUGUUUCUUCGAUGUCAACAACCGACAAGUAAAGUCAGAUGAUGUCCUCAUUAUACUAGGACAGUAUAACCUUAAAAGACCCAAAGAUGAAAGAACAAAAAUCGUAUACCCGGAAAGCGUCAACAUACACCCAAAAUAUCAGAAGCUCAACAAAAUUCACUCAGACAUUGCAGUUGUUGUUAUACCUGAGCGCGUUCGUUUUACAACUUACAUCAGGCCUGCUUGCCUCUGGAAGGGUCCUGAAACGAAAACUAGUCUUGUUGGGAAGACGGGAUUUAUUGCCGGGUGGGGUCGUGAUGAAAAUGGAAACUUCUUCACGGAACUUCCGAAACAAAGUGAGAUUCCUGUGAUUUCAGACGAAACCUGCUUACGCUCUAAUGAAGCUUUUGUCAGAAUUACUUCGGAGGUGACUUUUUGCGCUGGAUGGCGCAAUGGGACGGAAGGUCCUUGUAAUGGUGACUCGGGAGGACCUCUUGUUUUUGAAAGGGAUGGCCGUUGGACUCUAAGAGGAGUUGUUUCAACAUCUCUGCUCACUGACGGCAGCAAUACCUGCAAUCUGAAUGAAUACGUCGUUUUCACGGACGUAACACAGUUUACAGACUGGAUUACUUCUUUUGAUACAGAUUAUUCAUAUUAGAUGAUAUAAAAUAGCUAUCUGGAAUCUAUUUUUUUGUCAUUUCAUUCGAGUUUUAUAUGUUUCUUUUUAAUUUUAAUUGCAUUUGAGAUGUAUUUUGGAUUUUUCACCAAAGCACGAGAUCUCACUCAGGUGGAGUUUAUAACGGCCGAAGAAAAAAUCGUAUAAAUGUAUCAUUUAUGUCUCACACUAUUCUUGUUCUUGGCGUUUAAUUUAAACUGGUUGGGGAAGUUUUGAAACUUUAUUAAUAAUUUUAGCUUUGAUUUUUCUUACCUGUUUUCCAAUGUAAAAUGCCAUGGAUACUUUUGUAUCAAUGCGAAGCUCUUCAGUAGUGAUUUGGACGCAGACUUUUAACAUCAUAUUUGUGCCAAAUUGAAGAUCUUUGUGUGAAUUUCAAUGAUUUUAGUGAAGUUUUUAAUAAUUUUCGGGGCUUUUCAUUGUGCAUUUGCACAGAGAUAUGAUGUUUGUGGUGAUGCGGGACUGAAAUUUGUGUAUAUGAGUGCAGAAUUGGGAUGGGUUGGCAUUGGUUGGGCAUGGAUUCGUGAUCUGGGAGAUAUCCGAAAGGUUAAUCUGUAUUUAGAAUAUGAAUCAUCAACAGAACCUGAUCCUAAUAAUUUAGGAAAACUACAAAUUUUGAAUUUGAUACCACUGAUUAAUCCAAAAAAUGAAAAAAA